AUGUGUGAGAUAACACAUAGAAUAAUGGAUUCUCUUACAGCCUCCACCAUGUGGAUGAUUCUGGAGCAGAACCAAAGUUGGGUUUCAGAGUUCAUCCUGAUUGGCUUCUCCAGUGACCCCACGACCAACAGCAUCCUCUUCAUUGUCUUCCUUCUCAUCUACCUGAGUUCAGUCCUGGGCAAUGGGCUCAUCAUCAUGCUGGUCUGCCUGGACACACAGCUACACACUCCCAUGUACUUCUUCCUCUGUACCCUCUCCCUGUUGGAUAUGAGCUAUGUCACCACUACCAUGCCCCAGAUGUUGGUGCAUCUUCUUGCUCACUCUCAGACCAUCUCCUUUGCUGGCUGCUGGCUGCAGAUGUAUGUGUUUGGUGCCCUGGGUAUAACUGAGUGCACCUUCUUUGUUGUCAUGGCUUAUGACCGGUAUGUGGCCAUUUGCUAUCCACUGCGCUAUACUGUCAUCCUCAACUGGGGCCUGUGCAUACGGUUGGCAGCAGGGUCUUGGAUCUGUGGUUUCUUUUCCUCUUUAUUGCACACUUUCUUCACCAUGAGCCUGCCAUAUUGUGGGCCCAACAGGGUCAACCACUACUUCUGUGAAGGUCCUUCAGUGCGUAGCCUGGAAGAGUACACACCAGUCCAGUGUCACAUGACUUUCAUUGCUUCUCUGUGGAAGUAA